AUGUCUCUGGACGCUCGGACGGGAUGCUUCGACUCAUGCACGCAGGCCAGCAUCAGGCAGGCGUUGACGUGGCGUUUGCUUCGCAACCUGGUGCUGGGUCAGGUACUGGCGGUGCUGGUCUGCGGUACGGCCGUGUCGUCUCAGUAUUUAAGCUCCGCCUACCAGGUGGACGCGCCCAUGCUUCAGAGUGCCAUCCACUAUGCACUCCUCUGCCUCGCCUACACACCGGCGCUGUUCUGCACGAGAGGUCCGAGGAGUGUGUUCCAGAUGAGUCGUAAGCGAUGGCUUCAGUACUUUCUGCUGGGCCUAGUGGACGUGGAGGCAAACUACAGCGUGGUCAAAGCCUACCAAUACACGACACUCACCAGCAUACAGCUCUUGGACUGCUUUGUGAUCCCGGUGGUGAUGAUCCUGUCCUGGUGGUUCCUGAAAACGCGCUACCGUCCCGUCCACUAUGUGUCCGUCUGCAUCUGUUUGCUGGGCGUCAGCGCCAUGGUGGGGGCGGACCUAUUGGCGGGUCGAGACCAGGGCUCCACCUCCAACAUUCUACUGGGUGACGGCCUGGUGCUGCUCAGUGCUGCCCUCUACGGCCUGUCCAACGUAUGGCAGGAGUACACCGUCAAAAACCGAAGCCGUCUCGAGUUCCUGGGCAUGCUUGGGCUCUUUGGUUCCGUCAUAAGCGGCGUGCAAAUGAUGGCUCUGGAGUUUCAUCACGCUUCCGUCAUCCAGUGGAGCUGGCACGUGGCUGUGCUGUUUGGGGCCUUUGCAUGUUGCAUGUUCACCUUGUACAGCCUGAUGCCCGUCAUCAUAGAGGACAGCAACGCCGCCGCCAUCAACCUCUCCAUGCUGAGUGCUGACGUCUUCAGCAUCUUCUGCGGAAUCUUCAUCUUCCGUUACAACUUCUCAGGUUUGUACGUGGUGUCCCUGGUGGUCAUCUUUGUUGGCUUCAUCACCUUCAAUGCCAUACCCAUCGCACCCGCCACUUCUGACAACGGUGGCCAUGACAACGCGGCAGACGAGCCAACAAAAAGGGAAGUCGAAUUGGCAGAAGAGGAGAAGAGCAAGAGCAUUCACGUUGUUGACUGCACUUCAUUUUGAAACUUUUUUUCCAUAUCUGUUACACAGCUGUUUGAAAUGCUGACUUAAAACCCCGGUCUUUGUCUUUUAAUUGGCAAGACAAAUGGAAAACAAUUGGUCGAAAUCAGUUAAGUUUAUUAAUGAUUUCAUAAACAGAAAAUUGAAAUUUUACACUCAGCCUGAAAAUCGGACAAAAUUGUGUAAUUUGACCUUUAAAAAUGUGAUUAAAUAAAAAUAUGCAACUAAAACUUUGACAAGUUGUCCCAUACAAAUGACAAAUCCAUGCCCAAAGUAUUCAAUUAAAGGUUGCGAUAAAAAUGAUUAGAUAUUUAGAAUCUAAGGUGACUAAGGCAGCUUACUGCUCAUUAACAAUAACAUUAAAAGCCCACAAGUGGUACACAUACUAA